GCAAUUGUUGUUACCGUUGGGCAUUAAAUCAAAAUAUAUUAAUAUAUAAAAUAUAAAACAUAUAUAGCAAUAAUUUUUAUUUAUUUGUCCCAAAAUCCUUUCUACGAAUAUGGAAAUUGCCGUUGAAAAAUUAGAGGCCUUAAUUAAUCAAGCUGAGUGUUUGUUAGAGGGAGUUGCUCUUGAACUUGAAACUAACAUUGAAAAAAAAUAUCGAAUGCAGGUUGGUAAAUAUUAAGUAGUUGUCUAGAUGCAAUAAAUUCAAAUAGAGGCUUUUCUAAGAUUGACACAUUUGCUUAAAAUAUAAUUCAGCAUAAUGAUAUGGUGUUUCAAAUUUCUCUAUGUUACUGAAACAAACUGCUUUUAGUUUCAGUUCAUAUUUUUAUAUCACUCCUACUUGACAAUGGUACUUGACUUUGAUGUUAAAACUUUUUGUCAAAACUUAAGAGCAACAAAACCUCCCUACGAAUGUCCAGUGAAAACCUGCGGGAAAAUCUAUAAAAGCUUUCCUGGUAUCCAGUUUCAUUUAUACAAUUAUGAUCAUGACAAUCCUCCCAUUCAACAUUCCCCUACAUCUAAAAUUCGAAAGAAAAAGGGGAAAUGGCAUCCUCGUUCAAACCGCAGAUCGCCCUCACCGAUGCAAGUUUCGACUAGUCCACGUGAAAGUUUGAGAUAUACUGAGCCUCAAAAAGUUGUUGAAGUUGAUUUAAAUGGUCAUGUGCAUCAGUUAAACAUUUGUGAACCUAUAGAUUUUGUUCUUCAUGAUGGCACUGAAAAUGAGAAAAAAUGUGAACAGAAGCAAGAUAAAGUGGAAGUAAAGCAUACUAAAGCUAAAGUAACCAAGGCGAGCAAGCAUGCUGAUAUCUCCAAAAAGCAAAAGGAACCUCCAGCUACACCCAAUGUACCUAAACUUCCGGAAGCAUCUUAUCGUAUUAUUUCAGACUAUGAUGCUCCUGACGCUCCACCAAUGCCUACUGCUUAUUAUCGAUUUAUUGAAAAAUCGCUAGAGGAAUUAGAUGAGGAUGUAGAAUAUGACAUGGAUGAAGAAGAUUGUGUAUGGUUAGAUAUAAUGAACGAACGGCGUAAAAAGGACGAUCUGAAUGAAGUUUCUCCAGACACGUUUGAACUCUUGAUGGAUCGUUUGGAAAAAGAAUCAUACUUUCAAAGUCAGAGUACAGGGAAGGAUCCUCUUCCUUCAAUUGACGAAGAUGCAGUGUGUUGCAUAUGCAAUGAUGGUGAAUGUCAAAAUUCCAAUGCUAUACUUUUCUGUGAUAUGUGCAACUUGGCUGUGCAUCAGGAAUGCUAUGGAGUUCCUUACAUACCAGAAGGCCAGUGGCUCUGUCGGAGGUGUCUACAAUCCCCGUCUCGUGCAGUAGAUUGUGUUCUGUGCCCGAAUAAAGGGGGAGCAUUUAAACAGACUGAUGAUGGAAGAUGGGCCCAUGUAGUUUGUGCACUGUGGAUACCGGAGGUUUGUUUUGCCAAUACUGUGUUCUUGGAGCCACUAGACAGCAUUGAGAACAUACCCCCGGCUAGGUGGAAGCUUUCCUGCUACAUUUGCAAGCAAAGAAGUGUAGGAGCAUGUAUUCAAUGUCAUAAGGCAAACUGUUACACAGCUUUCCAUGUUACCUGUGCACAACAAGCCGGUCUGUACAUGAGAAUGGAAGCCGUGAGAGAAAACAAUGCAAAUGGAACUUCUUACAAUGUCCGGAAGACCGCAUACUGUGAUGUUCAUGCACCCGCUGAUGCUGAUAAUAAUCAGGAUGAUGAUAACGGCAAGACUGACACAUUCAAAAAAGCAAAAGCUAAAGCGAAAUCAAGAGAAAAAAUGAGGAAAGCUCGUAAAAUUCUAGCAGAGAAAAGAACGGCAGUGCCAAUUGUAUCUUUACCUACAAUUCCCCCUGAAAGAUUAACCAAAAUUGCAAGCUUAGUGACAAUGUCCAAGAAGCAGACAUUCUUAGACAGGUUGCUUGCAUAUUGGAUUUUGAAGCGUCAGUCUAGGAAUGGAGUGCCAUUGUUACGAAGGUUGCAAACAGCACAGUCCUCUCGUCGUGAGCCGGAAAUCGACAAGGAAUGUACCUCUUUGGGUGAACAGUUGCAGUACUGGCAAAAGUUGAGGCAAGAUCUAGAAAGAGCCAGAUUGCUAGUAGAGUUGAUACGCAAACGAGAAAAGUUGAAAAGAGAGUAUAUUCGUUCUCAUCAGUUGACGACAGAGAUGGAGUUGCAACCCCUCAUAAUAAAGCUUCGAGAUGUGGUCGAGAAACUGCUUGAAAGAGAUGCAGGAGAAAUUUUCGCCAAACCUGUUGAUUUAGUAGAAGUUCCAGAUUAUUUGGAAUAUAUCAAGCAUCCAAUGGACUUGUCAACUAUGAUGAAAAAAGUUGAAAAUUAUGAAUAUGGCAGCUUUGAAUCUCUUGAAAGUGACUUCAAUCUCAUGAUAAAGAAUUGUCUGUCGUACAAUUCUAAAGAUACAGUGUUUUAUCGUGCUGCGUUGAAGAUGCGAGAACAGGGUGGUUUUAUUUUGAGAGGAGCAAAGCAAUACAUAAACUCAAAUUUUGAUUUCAAAACUGGAAGGUAUUUAGAUAAUACUCCAAAAAUAGAACAUGAGCCAGAUGAUGAAGAUGCAGAUGAUUCUAAAACUGAUCGUCCUCUGUCUUUGGAAAAACAACUUGAAAGACUUCUACGUAAGCUUGAUGAAACGCACAAAAUGAAAGUCGGAGUGUCUCGUACUAGACGGGCAAAACGUCUGAGAUCUGAAAUCAAUGUGAUUCGACGGAAAAUAUCGAUUAGAGCUUCUAUGUUACGGAAGAAAAAGAAUGGACCGUAUUCAUUUGGAAAAAUAUCAGAAUCUGCCAAUUCAAAGGUGCCUGAUAAAGUUUCUCAUCCCACUUCAACUAAUCCAAAUAGAACUAGGACAAAAAUCAAGCAAGAUGAAGUUAACAUUUCUCAACUGGAUGAAAUUAAACCAAAAGUCAAUGAACCAAAGCUGGAAGAUCAAUCAAAAGUAAAGAGUGAACAUGAACAAACUAAUACUGGCAGAACCAGAGGAAAAAAUAAGGACACUGAAAUAUGUCACAAUAUUGAAAUUAAGGUUGAGGAACCUAGUCCACGGAAUUUAACCCGAAAUCGUGGUAAAGUCAAAGAACCAUUGGAAGUAGACACUAAGUUUGAAAUACCUAAACAAGAAGUAAAUGUUAAUCUAACACCAACAACAUCUAGAAUCAGAGGUAAAUUAAAAGAUGCCAUUUCAGAAGUGGAGGAUAUUUGCCCUUCACGUUCCAAGUUUCCAAAAACUAAAGAGAAAGUUGAACCGACCAUUGAAAAAGAAAAGAAGGUUGUUCGUUCUCAUUUAAGAAGAGCAGCUAAAGAAUCAUUCAAUCAAAAUUCUGUUUUAAUUGAUACUGAUGAUGAAAGAGCUGCAGUUUAUCCUGCUGAAACUACUUUUGUACCUCCAAGUCGGAAUUUGCGAAAUCAUCCCGUUGGAGUUUCUGAUGAACAAAAUGAAGCUCUCCCUUCUCCUCCUGUUGGGAGGAAAAAAGGCUUGAAAGGUUCAACAGGUAUUAAAAAUAAAACUGUUUCUCCUCCACCACCUUCUUUGCAAAAACCAAAUAAAUCUGCAGUUACUGCUGAGCCAGUUGUUUCAUCAAGUUUAAAGUCUCAGAAGCCCCAAAAUGUUUCUUUAUCACCAAAGUCUCAAAAAUGUGUAUCUCCUCCUGUUCUUAAGCCCCAAGUUUCAGUGUCAAAUCAAAAUGAAAAUAUUGAAACUAAAAAGAGUCAGAAAUUUGAAAGUAGCCUGAUCGUUUUUCCACGUACACGUAGAUCGAUGGCAACCAGAAGGGAAAGCAUAAAAGAUGCCAGUUCCGAGACCAGUGAACCUGAAACUGACAAAUCGGUGGAAGAAGCCAGGGAGACGAGAAGUAAAAGUGCAAGAGCUCAGAGUAGAUCUCAUUCAGAAAACGAUGUGGUGUCUACUAUUAAAAAAGGUCCACGAAAGAAUAGAUCUACUAGUUUAACUGUAGAAGGAGAGUUGACAUCUUCAAAGAAAAAAGCAGUUGGAUUAGGUAGCUCUGUUUCUGCUAGUCCACCUCCUUUCUCUCCAACCCCUUUGCCACAAACUGAUAGUUUCAAAGUGUAUAGAUCCAAUAAUCAAGAUCACGGUACAGACUCUGACAAUAAUACUGAGUCCAGCAGUGCUUCAACUCAUAGCAGCACAAGCUCUAGUUCAGAAGGGGGCUCAGAUAGUGACAGCGAUGCAGACGAUCAAAAAUCUCUAACAAGGAGGGAUAAAGCUGGUGGCAGUUCUAGUGAAUUCAAUGCCGAGGAACAACAGCACCUUAUUGAACUUCAGCCGUUAGAUUUGGUUUGGGCGAAAUGUCGGGGCUAUCCAUGGUAUCCAGCAUUGAUAAUCAAUCCUAACAUGCCUAAAACUGAAUGUUUCCAUAAUGGUGUUCCCAUUCCUGUUCCGCCAGAAGACGUACUUGCUCUGAAGGGCAACUAUGAAGAAAAUGUGUACUUAGUGCUGUUCUUCGAUACUAAACGAACAUGGCAGUGGCUUCCUAGGAAUAAACUCGAACCUUUAGGCGUUGAUACCAAACUGGACAAAGCCAGGCUUGUCGAAUCUAAAAAAGCAGCUGAAAGAAAAGCCGUCAAGAAAGCUUUUGAAAAUGCCAUAUUGCACAGGUGUCGAGUAACCGGUGAAUCGAACAUUAUGUCAAACGAAUCGGAUGAAGAGAUAUAACUAGCAGAAAUGUGAUAUUUGUACAGUUGUCUCAUAUGCACUGUAAAAUUACAGAAUUUUGUGUUAGGUUGUAGCAAAUGUAAAUAGUUAAAAGUAUUAAUACUCUUUAAGGCAGGUGUGCCAAAUUCGUGUAUAAAUAUGUACAUUAUAAAAAUUUAGUGUUAGGAGACACAUGGACUUGAAUAUUGCUUUUAAUGGUAAAAAGCAAGUUUUGUUGAAGUUAAUUAUCAUUUUUAUAGAUAUGAUUUUUGUGUCAGAAGUUUAUUGAUAAAUUGCACUUCUCAGCAGAGAUAAAAAUUGAAUUCACAAAGAAAACAUUCUUGGAGUGCAUUGAAAUGUUUUUAACUCAAGAAGCCACCAAUAUUUUAAUAGAAAAGGAAGUAUCAUAACCUGCAUUUAAUUAUUUUUCUUUUGCAUUUCUUCGCAUUUCACUGAGGCCAACCCCUUCCUUUCUGGCUAUGCUAGCUGAAUCAGUAUUUUAAGAAUUCAACCCACCAAAAUUUAUUUGUUCUGUUGACGAGAUGACACUUGAACUGCAGGAAUUGAAGUCAAGAGCUCAUCUUACUGUUAAAAAUAUGGAGGAAGUUAAAUGCAAGUUUCAAAAAGAGCUGCCAAGCCUGUGUAAAAAACUCCAAAGUAUGGAAGAAAUUACCGGAAUCUCCAGUGAAUGUUUAAGCACAUCUAAAUCUGUUUUACAAAACAAACAUGUCAUAACACACAUCUAAUUUAGGGUUAAUUACCUUUUUUCUGUUUGUCUUUUAUUCUUUAAUAUUGUGUGUUGUUUCAUCGCAUAAAAUUGUUGGGAAUUCACCCUUUGAAAUUUUUUUAUUUUUGUAUUAUAAAUUGAAUAAAAUUGAAGUACAC